ACAAGAAGGUCAAAUGGGAGUGUAAAUAAUUAUUGUUAUACCAUAUUAGAGAUCUAAAGAUGAGACUUCUAUUAAGUAACACAUUUAUGUCAUUGGUUGUGGUUGUGAAUUUAGCCUUGGUUUCAUAUUUGAAAGAAAAUGAUGGAGGUGAUUAUACUCAAUUUUCAUAUAUAACUAAUAUUAGCACAUCAGAUCAUGAUAAAUAUAGAAAUUACUUAAAUCUUGCAAUUGCUGCAUUUGUUUUGAUGCUAGUAGGAUUUUUAGUAGGAAUGGUCCAACCAUUUUUGAAAUAAGCAGCACUUGCUUAUGUGAUGGCCUUGUUGAUUUUAACAGGAUAUGUGUGCCUAUUUGCAGGAGUAUUCAUAAAUGACACCUUCUAAUACAAUUUUUCAGAUGCAAAAUCGUUUAAUUACAGUUUGGCAUCAUUUUUUGGAAUGGGAGGAGUAUUUAUCUAAGGAAUGGUAAAUUCUUGGAGAUAAAGAUCAGUUGAAUGAAUAUUAAUCAUUUAUUCAAUAUAUUAAAUCAUAUAUCUGAG